CGGCUGGUAAUACAGUUCCCUAUUUCACGACUGAAGGCCGGUCGAACGUGUGACGUCAGUGUAGUGCUGUGUUCCUUUCCUUGCCACGCGUUGUACGGUGAUAUUUACUUAGAAACAAUAAGAAAGGAUAUACAAGAAUGGCGCCGAAGAAGAUCGAGGAACCGGAACGGAAACCGCUGAUCGGCCGUGUGGGCACCAAUUUGAAAGUUGGCAUAGUGGGCAUACCUAACGUGGGGAAAUCGACCUUCUUCAACGUUUUGACCAAGAGUCAAGCGGCCGCCGAGAAUUUCCCCUUCUGCACCAUCGAUCCCAAUGAGAAUAAGGAGGUGGACGAGUUCGACACGGACGCGUCCUUUAUCAUAAAGAAAAGUUACUUCAAACACAUCAAGGGUCAUCCUAGGGAGAGGUACGCCCCCGCCUGGCCCAAGCCUAACCCACGCGUGUAUCCGAAAGCGAACAGUUACUACGCUUUCCACGAGGACACGAAUCCGUUCACCAGAUUCUCCGAGUCGGGUUUGUCGGGCCAGGAAAGCGUGGAACCACCGCACUUCGGCCCUUCCGAGGAGCCGUACGCGGAUCGCGACCCCUACCUGGACACGAAGACGAGAGAGAAAUACCUGGAAAGCGUGCCAACCUGUUUCGUCAUACUUGGCAAACCCGAUCUCAACACUAUAAAACUCGCGAACAUGAUCGCCACCGCGUGGAAAUGCAUCCUGAUUUGCCCCGUCUACCUGAUCAAACUCGAGAUGGAGGAGGGUAGCGAGAAAGGUAGAUUGAUAGGGAAUAUUUUGAAACUGGGUGGCCACCUGGGCCCAGAUAUAGUGAUGAACCUGAUACUGAACCGUCUCAACAAACGGGACGUGUUCCACAGGGGUUACAUCGUGGAGGGAUUUCCGUUGAUGCCCAACAAAAAGCUCGAUUACUCCUCCUACCUUCCCAUGGACGAGUCGGCCAUAGGGAUCGCCUAUCGGGACGUGAUGAGAUGUUUCAAUCCGUCGAUCGAGAUGACGUGUGACAACGGCGUGAAAAGGGUGAACGGCGAAUGGGAUGGUGGCCAAGAUACGACGACGUGUAAACGGCACGAUUCGAGGAAGGAGCGAGGAAGGAACGAAGGCAAGGAAGGGUGCGCGAUCGAGUUUAAUUACGAGAAGUUCGUCUCGAGCCAGAUCGAGGACAUAUUCACGAAGUGGCCGUUGAAACCCACGUUGAUCAUUUACCUGAUGUGCCCGGACGCGGACCACGUGAAGAAGCGGAACCACUUCCGCCUGAACCCGUUGAUCGGCCGCAUCAUAGACACGACUUUCAUGGACACGGCCGAGAAGAUCGAGACGCUGUUCAGCCAGGAGAAGAUCAGGCAUUACGCGAACUACGAGCUGUAUCGGGAGUUGAUGGAGGAGGAGCAGAUAUUGGACGAGACUCAGGAAAAGUAUCUGUUGAAACGGAUCUCGGACGAGUCGUCGAACGUGAGGGCGCAGUGCGAGUUGUACAAACGUUUGGUGAAGCCCGUGAUCGACAAGCGUAUCCUGUUGUACAACCCGCAAAACGUGAUCCGGUUGAACGGCCGCUCUCCCCUCGCCUUCAUGUUCCUCACUCUUAGCGCCCGUCUACGCACGUUGGCCAUGCGACGCGUCGUCCUACCCACGAGGCUCGUCACCCACGCCAACCUGGAGGAGGAGUCGCCGUUGGAGGACGAGUUCGAGGAGAAGUCGAACGAGGAAGCGUAUCGAGACUUGGCGAACAGGGAGACCGUGUCCCCCUUGUUCCCCUGGAGGCUCUCCGCCUGGAACUUCCUCUGCCCGGUCGAGUUGGCCAGGGGUAGGACGGUGAACGGAAACGCGAGGCACAGCGUCCAUUUCAUGAACAAGAUAUUCUUCCUCUCGUCGAACGAGGCGGUCGAUCUGUUCGUCCAGAAUCCCCGCACCUUUCUCCACCCGUUCAGGCCACGGCCCACGUGCAAGGUGGUCGUGUUCGGGCCCAACUAUUCCGGCAAAUCCGAGCUUUGCCGCGAAUUGGCGCGCGAGUUGAACGGGACGGUGAUAAACGUGAAAGAGGCGAGGAGGAGAUCGGUGGACGACGAUUCGGAGUUUUAUCCGUCGAGGAACGAGCCGGACGCGAUCGUGAAACGCGUGAGGGAUAUACCGAGCGAGAGGAUAGACGGGGACGUGUGGAGGGACGGUGGCUACGUGGUGGACGGUAUGUAUCCCAACAUCGAUUCGUGGAACGUGAUACUAGACUCGGGCAUCGUCUUCGAGGAUGCCGUUCUCUUGCUCGACGAGGAACCCUACGAUCACUUGCUGUCCAAGUGGCGCGACAUCUUCCACGACGGGCAUGCCCUCGAGGAGUUCGUGCGCGAUCCCAACAAGUUGCAUCUCCCGUUGCGGAGGCCGUUGUCCACCAUCCCCCCCCUCCGCGUAAGCGUGAUCGGCCCGACCGGAAGCGGGAGGAGCACGCUGGCGGACGCGUUGUCCAGGCAAUUCGGUUUGGUGCACGUGGAUCACUUCGAUCGGCUCACCGCGUACAUGAAGCUGCGCGCUAUGCCCCCCAUCUCCGACAAGGACGCGAUCAUCCUGACGAGGGGGGACAGCCUUCUGGAUCCGGUCGAUCUGCCGGAAGAUCCGAACGACGAGAGAUACAACAGCGACCCGGCCACCAUCCAGACCUUCGUGCGCCGAUAUUGGAGGGACGGUGGUUCCCUACCUUCGAGGAUGUAUCGGGAAUGCGUGUUGGAUUUCUUCAACGAGCCGUUCAAUCGGACCGGGGCCGUGUUCGACCAGUUCCCUAGCUGCGCCCAGGACGUGGAGGCCGCGUUGAGGAGUUACACGGUGCCGGAGAUAGUGUUGGAGCUUCGUUGCGGCAGGGAGACGGCGUCCGAGAGGAUGAUGGCCAACCUGUUCGCCACGUGGGAGAGGAAUUUGGAGAGGGAGAAGGAGGUGGAGAGAAUGUUGUCGCUCGACGCGGAAUACGGAGAGGAGGAGGAGGAGGAGGAGGAGAUGGAGACGAGGAGAUACAAGUUGGAGGAGAUGUGGUAUCAAGAGAAUCCCGAACCGGUCCUGUUCACCGAUUGGGAGGACUUCGACACGGCGAAGAGAAGGAUCGAGGAGGAAUAUCUGAGCAAGUACGAGAACGAGGCCGGGAGGGUGAACGCGGUGCGGGAAAGUUUGGCCGACGAGUCGAUACCGUACGUGGUGAUCGACGCCGAGAAAAGCCCCACCAACGUUUUCCUGCAGGCGGUGGCCAUCCUCGAGCCCUACGCCCGUCGAAUCACCUCCACCCUCGAGCAAAUCUCCGCGGUGGACUUGGAGACGGCCGAAGCCCUCCUCGAUCGCGGCUACUACUUUCUCAGCUCGUUCGGCCGUUGGUGCCCUGUUCAAUUGCGCCGAGACGAGAUCCCCCUCCAAAUGUUCCUACCGUUGGAGAACAGGGAGGAGAUAUACCCGGCCGUGCACCGCCAAUACGUUUACUUCUUCGGCGGGAGGGAGGCCCAGGAGGAAUUCGCCAAGGAUCCGUACAAGUAUCUCGAGCAGGACUCUUGCGCGCCCGUCGUUCAGUUCCGCGUCUCGAUAAUCGGGCCGCCUAAAUGCGGCAAGACGACCCUCGCCCGACGAUUCGCCGACAAGUACAACAUGAAAGUGAUCACGCGGGGAUCCGCUCUCCGUUACAUCAUAAAAUACUUCACCUGGGUGGAGUCGGCCGAGUCGGCGGAAUCCCACCUCCGCGCGGGGAGGAUGGUCCCGUUGGAGCACGUGUGCCGGGCGAUCGAGACGUACUCCAUCGAUCCGAGCAUCGUCUCCCAGGGCUUCGUGCUCGACGGUUUCCCGAGCAGCCGCGACGAGUACGAGCAACUCGUGUACCUCGGCCUCCAGCCGAUCCUCGUCCUCGACCUGAGAUCCGACCUGGCCUUCUCGUUGGAGUGUUUGUCGGGCAUCGGCGACGAGGUGACGAAACCGCCCAGAUUCUCCGCAAACUUCUUGACCCACCUGUACGACAUCUGGCGGAUCGACGAGGCCGAUUACCGAAGCUGGCUGAGAAGUUUCAAUCAGAACGUGAUCGAGGUGGACGCGAGCAAGUGCAUGUGGCACGUGUGGACCCGCGCCGACGAGAUCGUGCGCUCGAGAUACGCGAGGAUCAGAAAAUAUUUCCGCGAGAGCGAUUACGACAAGGUCCACCGGUUGGAGCACAUGAGCGUCUCGCCGUACGAGUUCAGGAGCAAGCAGAGUAGCUACGAGUCGUACUGCCCCCUUUGCCUGUACCACGAGGACGCGUUGAAAAGGAGCGACACGCUCGAUCACCGAGGGAUGGUCCAAUUCAGGGAGCACGUGUACUGGAUUUGCCCCGGCCACUUGGACGAGUUCGUCCAAGAACCGGACAAGUAUCUGCCGCCUGUGAACGCGAAGCAGCUACCCGAGGAUCGUCCCCGCGUUCUCACCGAGGCCAUCGACCUGGAACACCCGUGCUGGAUCAAGCGUCUGCGGGUGAAAGGGCUGUGCUCGGUCACGUAUCUGGACAAUCUGCCGCGCCGGAUCAUUGCGCGCGGAAGACUGGACACGGGGAUUUUGUACAGGGACAACGUGUAUCUGUUCUGCUCGAGAGAGUGCCGCGAUAAGUUCAUGGAGCAGCCGGCCAAAUACGCGGACACCGUGAUCAAUUUUACGCGGACGUUGGCGCCCAUCGACACGAAGGCGUUGCCGAAUCUCGGCUUCCUCGAGCAGACGGUAGCACGUCGCGUACCCGUCCCCGACUCAAGAUUCGAUUACCUGUGCGACUAUUUCAAGCCGGCCAGCAAAGUGCCGGCUUUCUUGAACGUCGUGGACAUCGCUGGGUUGGUCAAGGGCGCCGCGGAGGGCCAAGGAUUGGGGAACAGUUUCCUCUCGCACAUCAACGCUUGCGACGGAAUUUUUCAUCUUUGCCGAGCGUUCGACGACGACGACGUCACCCACGUGGAGGGGGACGUGAAUCCCGUGAGGGAUCUCGAGAUCAUCAGCGAGGAGUUGCGGUUGAAAGACAUCGAGUUCUUGAACGGCCAUCUCGAGAAAUUGGAGAAGCUUGUGGUUCGAGGGAACGACAAGAAGCUGAAGCCCGAAUACGACACGUUGUUGAAAGUGAAAGGCGUAAUGGUGGAUGAAAAGAGGCAUAUCAGAUUUGCCGAUUGGAGCGCCACCGAUAUCGAGGUUUUGAACAAGUAUCUAUUCCUUACGUCGAAGCCGGUCAUUUAUUUAAUCAACCUGUCUGAAAAGGAUUACGUGCGUAAAAAGAAUAAAUGGUUAAUCAAAAUUAAGGAAUGGGUCGAUAAAAACGAUCCGGGAGCUAUUCUAAUCCCGUUCAGCGGCGUGUUUGAAAAUAAGCUUCUCGACAUGAACGAGGCGGAACGCGGGAAAUAUUUAGAAGAGAACAAGGUUACGAGCGCCCUCGACAAGAUCAUCGUUCAAGGAUACAAGGCACUGCAAUUGCAAUACUUCUUCACGGCGGGCCACGACGAAGUCAAGGCGUGGACAAUCCAGAGAGGUACGAAAGCGCCACAGGCCGCGGGAAAGAUUCACACGGAUUUUGAGAAAGGAUUUAUCAUGGCUGAGGUUAUGAAAUUUGACGAUUUUAAAAACGAGGGAUCGGAAGCCGCGGUAAAGGCUGCCGGAAAAUAUAGACAGCAAGGACGCAAUUACGUGGUCGAGGAUGGAGAUAUAAUUUUCUUUAAGUUUAACGCUGGCGCUGGAUUAAAGGAUGCGAAGAAAAAGUGAUGGCACGUUUGGCUCAUGUUGCUGCUCGUUCAUUUGUACAUCAACAUGAUUGCCAUGUUUUGCUGCACGCGCGAUAUGCGUAUAAAAUGGUCGAAAUCACUUUCCGACACCCCUUAAUUUUAUUUUUCGUUCAAUUUGAAAUCAUAUACACCACCAUCGUUGAUAACGAUAGCGCCAUUUUUAUAUAUAACAACAAUUUCGAAUUUUACUCGGACAAAUUAUAUUUUUAUAUGUUCUAUUAAGCUAUAUAAAAAAAAAAAUAUACGUCCUUUUGCUGCUUGUAGUAAUAUAUCGUCAAAGUAAUUUGAUCAGUUUUGUCGUAUCAAUGCUGGUAAUUAUUCAUUUUUUUUUGUUUCUUUUCUUUAUUUCAUCGUACGAUAGUUGUGAUAUUGAAAACUUGCAUUUUUGAAGAAAGUGUAAAUAAAUAAUAAGAGCUUCGUUAUACAAUAUCCCGCUAAUAUUAUAUAAACAACCGAUAAACAGGAAAUAAUCAUUGUACGUUUUCUAAUGUUUCUUUGUACAUUUUCGUAUUUAUUCUAAAAUACAAAUAAUGUUCGUUAAAAUAUUUAGUAAAAAAAAAAAAAA